AUGGGUGUCAGUGCCAUUGCAUGGGGGGCUUCAGGGGAGCUGGGCACCAAGAAAGCUUGGAUUGCCAGAAAGAGCAAUCAUAGCUAUUUCCGUAUGCGUGCCACUCCUGGGAAUACUGCUCUUAAUCAUAUCUUCGAACUGGGACUGAAGUAUAGUUUGUCAAUGAGUGAAUUAUCUUGUGGAGGCCGCCAAAAGGCAGAGCUGCAGAAUGAAGGAAUACCUAAUUAA